GAGGGAACGGAGGAGACAAGAGAGAGACACAUUUUUGCACUUUUCUCUUGGUCCAUCCAUACAAAAUAACCAGGUUAGGAUAUGGCCAGUGCAGUGCAGUAUGCCGUUCUGCUGAUGAGUCUUACUCUGGCCGUGCAUAAUUGUGGAGGAAUAUCACAGAAAACCAGGUGUGUUUCGCAACCAACAUGUUUCGACUUGCUCACUUUCGAGAAAAUAGUCCAGCGCAUCAGGAAAGACACACCAGCUGCAGAUAAAGAGAACAUCCUACUGAAGAGCAGAACAUUUGACAAAAUUCGCAAACAGAAGUAUCUUCAUAGCUGUGUCUUAAGGAAAAUCAUUGACUUCUAUGAGAAUGUUCUCAAUCAGACACAAGACAACUCCAAUGACCAUUAUUACAUUAGUCCACAAGGUGUGGACUUCCAUCUUCAGCUCAUCUCCAUCAUGAACAAACUGAGAAACUGCACAUAUAAGAUGAACAGAAGAUGCGAGACGUUGUAUCAAAAGGCUGCACAGCAACCUAAAUUGGAGAUAUGACUCCAGAUGAGGUGGCUAUCCAUCAGCUACAAAAACUUAACAUGGCAAGAGAAAGAAUGAAUGACCCGAGCAUUCAGGAGAGAGCCAUGGAUGAACUGCAGUCUCUUCAUAACUAUAUCCCUGGAAGAGGUUUCCGUAAAACAAAGUAAAAUGCGAGAAGUCAUUUGAAGUGGCGCACUGAGCCUAGCAAGUUUGUGAUGCAGCUUUUGUGCUUGGUACAUUGAUAACUAAAUAUGCUAUCUGAGAUGCUAAACUGAGCCAAAUAUCUUGAUUAAUGGAUCAACUUGUUAACCAUUAAAGGAGAGUCAUAUUCAGAGCAUGUCUAAAUUUCUUAAAUAAUGUCUUUAUAUUGAGAUGUCCAAUCUUAUAUGCAACCUAUAAGAUGAUUCCACUUGUCCAAUCAACUGGUUCCAAUCUCAUCUCACAGUUGACCCUUUAUGCUCUGGCUUUGCGGGAAUAGAGUUCUGCGCCCAUCUUGGCUGUUCGUGGCUUUGACUGGAUGCCCCUGAUCUAGAUAUUUGAAAGCUAUUUUAAUGUGCUCGAAUCACAGUGCAUUAUAAGAGUAUACAAAUUUGCAGAGUGGUUAUUUAUGCACUUCGUGAAACACGUGCUGCUGCUUGCAAAUACAGGCAAACAAUGAGAAAUAUUCCAAGCAAGCAGAUGGCAAAGCAAAUAAGUUCUUCUUGCUGACGCACAGCGUGUGUUCCUUUCUGUUUGAGUACAAUGAC